UCAUGUAUAUGUAGAGGACACGCUCCUGGUAGCAGUAAAGAAAGUGUUCAUUAUGACACGAACAAGGAAUUGUGCAUUACUGUGUUCAAAGUGGAUAGUGCGGAGCAUUUCGGAGAGUUAGUGAAUGAAUUAAUGGAUGGGACGUGUCAAAGAUCUUGAAAGUUGGAAGAAUCAGAACUAUCUCAGAAGUAUCCUACGUUUAAAGACUGUAUAUGAUACAUAAAGUAUCACCCAUCUGUACAGGUCGUCACAUCCCAAAUAAAGGGUAGCCUACAAGGAUGGGGGUAACCAUUGAAACCUGGAGAGCCCGGAUUGGACUACACAGCCAACCCAACAAGAGUCCGAGGACUACCACCACGCAGGGCAUGGUCACAGGAGGGGGCAGCUUCCCGUGUCGACCACGGCACGUUCUCCUUGUCAUCGGACUGCUGCUGCUUCUCAGUGGAAAUGUCGAACUGAAUCCAGGGCCGCCAUCACGACGACAGCAGCCUCCUCAGCAGAACACUUCUUCGAACAGACUGUAUACCAACAAAGAGGAAUCAUUCACCACCACUGAGGUGCUUGAGAUCCUCCAAAAUCCUGACCUCAACAGAGUCAUCAACCAACCUCCCGUCAAACCAAGGGCAGGGCAGGCCUUUCUCUAUCACUUCACUGAUGCCAACAAACGAGAUGACUGGAGAUGUGACCAGUACCACUUCCACCACGACGCCACACGAGAACAACCCAAAGCAGAUCCAAAGUUCAAGAAGUUGUUCUUUGUUAUAAAGACCAGGGUAGGCAAGGACAAGAGAUUUAAGAAGCAUGCCUACAUUCUGCUAGGAGAAGACAACAAUCUUGUGUUAUUCCAGUAUAUUGGAAAUGAGAGAAUUGCGGAGGAUCUCCCUCAUGGUAACUCCAAGAAUACUUCUGUUCCCUACACCCGACUUUGUCCAUCUGUAAUCAGAGCCAUCAAAGAUGGAUCAAGCAAUGAAACAGAAACCCUUAGAUGUUUGAAUCAACAAGCUUCUUCUUCGACUGUUCCAGAAGUAUAUAAACCACGAUCACGUCUUCAUGUCAUGAAUACCAGAUACAGGGGGCAAAGGGAUUGCACAAAAGAAGCCCGCACCAACAGGCUGGGCAUUACUGGAGACAAAACUACAUAUAAUCUUACAGCAUUCUUAACAAAGGAUAUCGAAGUGGGCAAGGUAUUCCCUAGGAAAGGAAAAAGAAAGCAACCGAAAAGUUUAAAGAAUCUACAACAAAUAAGCUGUAAGCAAAUUGUUCGAGCACCAUUAGGGUGUCUUCCAUAUGAUAAAAGAGUCCAUGGAAGUCAAGAUGAUCUGAAGCCACAAGAAGGCACAAGAAAUAAGAACACAACACCACAGACCCCUUUGGGGUUUGAUUUAGUACACUCAAAUGAUGACUCGUCUGCUGCAGACAAUGACAACAAACCAUCUUUAGAAUCAGAGACGAGCCAAGCAUCUAAGCAUUAUCAUUUGACAAGUGAUGAGUCAAAUGCACUCCAGAUGGCAAGCAGAGACAACACAGACCUUGGAGCAUCAGAAGCAGUUGAUUUCCUUAAAAACAUUCUCGAAGAUCAGUGCAUUACAUCCAAGAAUUCUAUAACUGUGGAUGCUCCUUCACAACAUUUUGAGGAAAACAAUUUGACUCAUUCCUUAUCCGAGGUUGGUGAUUUUCAAGUCUCUUGUCAGGACAACAAUCAGUCAAAUUCAGACAUUGCAGAACGGAACUCAGGAGACACCACUUUGACUCAAACAGCACCAGAUCCUGUGAUUGAAAAUGUCAACAAUGAAGAAACACAACUCGCUCCACUCGAAAAAUUCAUACACGUCAUUUUCAACAAUGGCCAACUUGGUCAGAUGAUUAAGCUACUACAGCACCUUCACAGCACAUGGAAUGUCCGCCAACAGCAACACAAAGCUGCUGAAGACCAGGCUGUUGAUUCUGUAGCAUUAGCUGAUGAGCAAACCUGUUUCAAUGACAAUGGCUUAAGGCCUAGGAUGUUAUCUUCUUCUCUACCCUUUACAGCUUCGACGCUUAUCACACAAGUGAGAAGUCUAUGGAUGUCUGACUUCAAGACGACCAGAGACUGUCUUGUCAAAACGGAAACUGUCUGCUCGAUUGGCCAGCAAAAUACAAACUCAGAUACCCUACUUUCGUUACUGACGUCAUUGGUGGUAGGAGCAUUCAACAUGCAAACAGACAUUGUUGAAUUUGUGGAAACUCUCAAGGAACGACCAGGCAAUUUAGAACCUCCAGGCAACAAUAUCAUUGCAGAUGUAUCAAGCCAUGUACGUUAUAGAAUUGGCAGCUAUACAGUGAGUGGCCAGGACGCAAUGAAACUGAACAAAACAUCAUGGCUUGACGAUAGCGUGAUUCAUGCCUACCUUUCUCUGUUGGAAAAACGAUUCUCUAAAGAGGACAAGAAAGUAUUUAUCUUUGAAUGUUUCCUCGCUACUUUCUGGGAAAAGAAGAAUUAUGAGGAGUGGCUGUACAAAGAGGUGCCCCUGAUGGAGUACACGUGGAUUCUGAUGCCUAUAUGUCGCCACAGUCACUGGAUACUGCUUGCUGCAAACAUAAGGGAGGGAGGUGUAUGUGUGAUUAAUUCAAAACCCUCAGAUGUUACACAACGAGACAUUCUUCAUCAUUGGAGUGAGUACAUGACCCAUAGAAGUCGGGAAACUAGGGAGAACCUUUCUGACUGGAGGGAGAUACAGUGCCCUAUAUUCCCACAGACUGAUGGCAGCAGCUGUGGUGUGUUUAUUCUCAUGGCUGCUGAGGCACUGUUGUCAGGUGUCUCCCCAUGUGUCAUGAGGAACUGUCACGUGACUCGAUACAGGGAGUAUGUAAAACAGCAAAUAAUAAAUGCAGCAGAGAUGCAAGCAGGUGACAUUGAAGAAAGCAACGUGCAAUCAUCCAAUGAGGUUGAAAUCAUAGAGAGCUCCAGUUCCACCAACCAGAAUACCAGAAAACUACAUGCAGAGACGGAAAACAGAAGGAAGAGUAUAUCCACAGGAACUUCUGUCAUCGACUCCCAGGAGGAAAGUGUCAUCUGUGAAGAACUAGUGGACGGCAUUUCUGACAUGAAGAUGGAACCUUCGACUGUCAAGAAACAAGAGAGGUUGGAUACAUCUGGAGGUAUGACUGAGGACACAAACUUUAUUGUGAGAGAUAGUAUCCACACGAUAGGAUCCAUGGAGAUUGAAGCAACAAGUGAGAUUACGCCAUCUGACCUGCAUGAUACAACACCAGGAGCGUGUCCUGCAGACUUACGUUCAUAUUGUGAGGAGCUAUUCCAAAAUCAAAAGUCUUCCUUCGUAGCCUUGACACUUGUAUGUUUGAUGAAAGGACAUCUGCAGUUAACGACUCUUGAAUGCCACGAACAUAGUUCCCCUCUAAAAGACUAUAUCAAAUGGGGCUGUCAGCUCUGUCAUUGUGGGGAACCUACAAAUGCCCAAAUAAGGAAUGCAUUCCUUCGAUUAGAGAAACUUGUACUGAUAUCAAAUAUGAACACAUGUGUCACACUUAGAAAUUCCGAAAUACAAAAGACAAUAUCGACAGUGAUUGCAGAUCAUCUUCAAGAAUACAUUGAUAUUAUUGAUCUGAAAUUCAUCUACCAUUAUCUCAGGAUCCACACACAAGAUGGUGGUUUCCAUGUGUGGCUAAAGGGGAAAAUGGUAAAGGAUUUGGCAAGACGAUUUGCCAAGGAAGUGUUGCUGAAUAACCUUGCAUUAGUGUUGUCUCACGAUUCUUGUGGAUACUUCCAUUUCAAUGUAAUGCUCAGGAAAGCAGUCCAACAUCUGCUAAAAUCCGAUGAUUUCCACAGCAUUUUGGAAAAUACAGAUAAGACCUUUGGUGGAACAUUCAUACAUUGGAUGUGCUUUGGGAGGAAUGCUGAACUGUUCAAAUCAUUGUCGUUCUGGUUGACAGAUAGUCAAAAGGCUGGCUGUCUCGUUCCCUGUUGUAUUUCAGGUAAUUCCAGCAUUGUGCAAUUACUCUGCUCCGAAACUGAAUUAAUAGAAUGUCAGAAGAUACCUAAACUUCCACAGUUACUACCAGGUAUUACACACAAGAAGGAAAAAACCCUGACAAUUAUUGAAUCAUAUGACACCCAUGCCUUACCUCCCCUUCACCUCUCCAGUCUUUACGGACAUACUGGCGUAGUGUCUUAUCUCCUGGAGAGUGGAUUUGAUGUCAAUGAACAAUUAGUCCACGGGUCCGGAAAUAGCAUACCUUUCCAAACAGGGAGUACUGCUGCUUUAGUUGCUGCAACUAUGGGAAACAUAGAUAUUGUGAAAUGUCUUAUACAGCACAGUGCAGACCUUAAUCUCCAUGACAUCUUGUUUAACGCACCAAUACACUCUGCAUGUAGAUCCGGUAACCAUGACCUCGUGGCACUGAUUUCACGACAAUGUUGCAUCUCUGAAGGGGAUGCAGAAGGAGACACACCCCUGCAUAUUGCUUGUGAGCGGGGAGACGUAGAUAUUGUAUCCAUGCUGCUAGAGAGGGGGGCUGACUGUACUAUGCUGAAUUACACAAAUGAAAUGCCUUUGGAUAUAGUUUGUAAGAAGGGAUUUCUUGAAGUCGCUAAGGUGAUAUUAAAUCACAGAAGUUAUCCACUUCCCUAUGAUGGGUCUAAUACACCCUUACAUAAAGCAUGCAUAGGGGGGUUUACUGAUAUCAUCGAGUUACUGUUAGAGUAUGAUGCCGAUAGAUCUGUUACUGUAGACGACCAACACCCCCUUUUGAUUGCUGCAUAUUCAAACAAUAUUGGUGUGGUACAGAUGCUACUUCAUAUGAACGCUGCUAGAGCUGUUUUAUGCGACACACAUAUUGCAGUGAUGUGUUUAAGAAAGGGACAUAACGUCAUGGCGAAAUUAUUGCUGGAGAAAGGAGCUAGUGUGUCAGGUACCGACAUGAGUGAGUAUUCAGCAUUGGAUACAGCUUGUGAGAAGGGAGAUAUAGAAAUUGUUAAGUUGCUGCUGGAGAAAGGAGCUAGUGUGUCAGAUAGCGACAUUGAUGAGUAUUCAGCACUGGCUAAAGCUUGUGGGAGGGGAGAUAUAGAGAUUGUUAAGCUGCUGCUGGAGAAAGGAGCUAGUGUGUCAGGUACCGACAUGGAUGAGUAUUCAGCACUGGCUAUAGCUUGUGGGAGGGGAGAUAUAGAGAUUGUUAAGCUGCUGCUGGAGAAAGGAGCUAGUGUGUCAGGUACCGACAUGGAUGAGUAUUCAGCACUGGCUAUAGCUUGUGAGAAGGGAGAUACAGAGAUUGUUAAGCUGCUGCUGGAGAAAAGAGCUAUUAUGUCAGGUACCGACAUGGAUGGGUAUUCAGCACUGGCUACAGCUUGUGAGAGGGGAGAUAUAGAGAUUGUCAAGCUGCUGCUGGAGAAAGGAGCUAGUGUGUCAGAUAGCGAAAUGGAUGGGUAUUCACCACUGGCUACAGCUUGUAAGAGGGGAGAGGUAGAGAUUGUCAAGCUGCUCCUGGAGAAAGGAGCUAGUGUGUCAGAUAGCGACAUGGAGGGGUAUUCACCACUGGCUUGCGCUUGUAGGAGGGGAGAUAUAGAGAUUGUUAAGCUGCUGCUGGAGAAAGGAGCUAGUGUGUCAGAUAGCGACAGACAGGGACAUUCACCACUGGCUAUAGCUUGUAAGAAGGGAGAUCUAGAGAUUGUUAAGCUGUUGCUGGAGAAAGGAGCUAGUGUGUCAGAUAGCGACAUGUAUGGGUAUUCAGCACUGGCUUUAGCUUGUAAGAGGGGAGAGGUAGAGAUUGUCAAGCUGCUCCUGGAGAAAGGAGCUAGUGUGUCAGAUAGCGACAUGGAGGGGUAUUCACCACUGGCUUGCGCUUGUAGGAGGGGAGAUAUAGAGAUUGUUAAGCUGCUGCUGGAGAAAGGAGCUAGUGUGUCAGAUAGCGACAGACAGGGACAUUCACCACUGGCUAUAGCUUGUAAGAAGGGAGAUCUAGAGAUUGUUAAGCUGUUGCUGGAGAAAGGAGCUAGUGUGUCAGAUAGCGACAUGUAUGGGUAUUCAGCACUGGCUUUAGCUUGUGAGAGGGGAGAUAUAGAGAUUGUUAAGCUGCUGCUGGAGAAAGGAGCUAGUGUGUCAGGUACCGACCUGUUGAGGUAUUCACCACUGGCUGGCGCUUGUAGGAGGGGAGAUAUAGAGAUUGUUAAGCUGCUGCUGGAGAAAGGAGCUAGUGUGUCAGAUAGCGACAGACAGGGACAUUCACCACUGGCUAUAGCUUGUAAGAAGGGAGAUCUAGAGAUUGUUAAGCUGUUGCUGGAGAAAGGAGCUAGUGUGUCAGCUCGCGAAACAACUGGGUUUUCAGUACUGGUUAUAGCUUGUGAGCAGGGUAGUAAGGAGAUUGUUAAGAUGCUGCUUGAGAAAGGAGCUAGUGUGACAGAUAACGACAGGGACAGGUAUGGGCAUCCACCACUGGCUAAAGCUUGUGAGCGAGGUAAUAUGGCGAUUGUUAAGCUGCUGAUGGAGAAAGGAGCUAGUGUGUCAGGUACCGACAGACAGGUACAUUCACCACUGGCUUUAGCUUGUAAGAAGGGAGAUCUAGAGAUUGUUAAGCUGUUGCUGGAGAAAGGAGCUAGUGUGUCAGGUACCGACAGACAGGUACAUUCACCACUGGCUUUAGCUUGUAAGAAGGGAGAUCUAGAGAUUGUUAAGCUGUUGCUGGAGAAAGGAGCUAGUGUGUCAGCUCGCGAAACAACUGGGUUUUCAGUACUGGUUAUAGCUUGUGAGCAGGGUAGUAAGGAGAUUGUUAAGCUGCUGCUUGAGAAAGGAGCUAGUGUGACAGAAAACGACAGGGACAGGUAUGGGCAUUCGCCACUGGCUUUAGCUUGUGAGCGGGGUAAUGUGGCGAUUGUUAAGCUGCUGCUGGAGAAAGGAGCUAGUGUGUCAGAUACCGACAGACAGGGAUAUUCACCACUGGCUUUAGCUUGUAAGAAGGGAGAUAUAGAGAUUGUUAAGCUGCUGCUGGAGAAAGAAGCUAGUGUGUCUGGUACCAACAUGGAUGAGUAUUCAGCACUGGCUACAGCUUGUGAGAAGGGAGAUAUAGAGAUUGUUAAGCUGCUGCUGGAGAAAGGAGUUUGUGUGUCAGGUAGCGACAUGGAUGGGUAUUCAGAACUGGCUAUAGCUUGUAGGAGGGGAGAUAUAGAGAUUGUUAAGCUGCUGCUGGAGAAAGGAGCUCGUGAGCCAAGUGCUUAUCGUAAUUUUCGACUGUUGAUUAAACGAUUGCAAAACCUGGCGAGCAUAAUCGACAUACAAUCAUUGCUGAAAUGGGUGCUUACAAAGAAAUAUUUUGCAAUAUUUAGGAUGUUGUGGACGAUACUUCCUCCAGAUGCAACUUUAGAAUUCUUCCUUCGUGAAGCAUGUCACCAAAACUCACCACAAACCCUCCUAUUGCUAACUAAAAUAUGUGAUGAGAUAUGCCUUCAAAAUACCCUGAUAACAACAGAAAGCUUGAAGAAUAUAAAAUGCAUUGAAAUACUUAAGUUACUAAAUACUGAGGUUGAAGGAGGUGAUCUCCUUCACAUUGUUGUUGCCUGCGGUAAUAUUAACUUGGUGAGAAGUUAUUUUGAUAAUUUUCCAUUCAGUGAUCAUGCUGACGCAUGUGUAAUAAUUGCAUCUAGAUAUGGACACACAGCUAUUAUCGAAUAUUUAUUACAUAAAUGUAAUAAUAACAUAAAUUCAAACACAUAUUCUGGAAGAUGCAAUGUUCAAAAUACUCGAAGGCUUUUUCAUAACCUCUCCACUUCCAUUGAAACUAAAUAUAGGAAGGUUAGGACAGCUCUCUAUGAAGCAUGUUGCCAAGGACAUAUUGACAUAGUGAGAUUAUUGUUACAAUAUGAUAUGUACAGGACGGAUCAAGCUGUUUAUUCGUCCCUUCAUUUGGUAUGUAGAAGAGGAAACAUUGACAUGCUACAAUUACUGUUAGAUUCUGAGGCUUAUGUGGAUCAUGUGGAUAAAAACGGGAACACAGGUCUUUAUAUUUGUACUGAAAAUGGAAGAGUUUUAGCUAUGCAAUUGCUAUUAGAGAAAGGUGCAAAUCCAAGCCAUGCAAACAAUGAAGGUAAAGCGCCCUUUCAUGCAGCCAUUGGAAAUAAUAAUUUUAAGGCCAUAGCUUUACUCCUUAGGUAUACUACUAAAUUAUCAAAUGUGCCAGUUUCAAAGUUAAAUAAUUCUGAACAGUUCAAGUUCGUAUCUGAUCAUAUUCCGCUACCGACAUUGACAUCUGCCGAUCCUGAUGGUAACUCACUUCUUCAUUAUGCUGUUAGAUAUGGUUUUCCUGACAAUGUUGCGACUUUGCUGGAACGUGGUGUUGAUGGCUCUCUGGCAAAUUGCAAAAAGGAAACAGCAAUGCACAUUGCUGCUGAAAGGGGAUGUCAGAGAAGUGUCAGGCUUCUCAUUCAAUAUCAUUACACCAGUGACGUUGAGAACGUGGAUAAACAAACACCGCUUCAUUGUGCUGCAUCCGAAGGUCAUUUGAACAUAGUUAAAGAUUUGAUUGAAUGCAAUUCGAAUAUAUCUUUAAAAGGUUGUCUACACUAUGCUGCUAAAUCAGGUCAUACAGAAACUGUGCAACACUUGGUAAACAAAGGGGCUGUAACAAAUGAAACUGACUGUCAAAGUGAUACUCCACUCCAUCCUGCAUGUGAAUCAGGAAAUAUUAAAACUGUGGAAGCAUUACUUUUAUCAAGCGCAGAUGUAAAUGCAGUUGGACAUAAAGGACGGACACCACUUCAUAUAGCAUGUGCAAGAGGGUAUGACCGAAUUGUUAACUAUCUAUUGGAUCAUGGUGCAGAUCCAAAUAUGAAAAACAAAUUUAACAACACACCACUUCUCUCCGCUGUAGUAGAAGGCCACCUUGAUGUUAUAAAACUAAUGAUGUUAAAGGGGGCUAAGUCACAAAUAGCUGGAGCAAAUGGCAGUAACUAUUUAAUUGCAUGCUGUAUGCGAGGGCAUAAAGAUGUGGUGAGGUACUUAAUAGAAAAUGGAGCUGAUAUUUCUUCAAAGGACAUUCAGUGUAUAUCACCACUUUCAGUUUCUUUGAGUGACAUAGUUCAAGAGGAAAGGGAAAACAUAGAUUGCAUUCUAAAAACGGGGAGAAGUGGAAUUGAGGGUAUGACGUCAUUGCAUGCAGCAAUGGAUGGUAACCACUUUGACCUUGCAGAGUAUCUUAUAAAUCAAGGUGCAGAUGUGCUAGAAGAUGAUCAGUAUGGUAAAAGUAUCCUCCUGAAAGUAUGUGAGAAAGGCAAUUCAAAGGUAACAAAAGCAUUUCUCUCUUCUGAGUCAGUGUUUCCAUCGAUGCUUAAAAAACAUAUAAAAAAAGGAUUCUCAAUGAAAAACAUUCCGGCUUCACAUCACUCUGAGAAAAAUUCGAAAGAUUCAUUGAGUGUAAGGGAAAUAGGAAAUGACGUGAUAGAAGUGAUUGAUGAACCAGACACUGAGUUUGUUCCUGUCCCUCCAGUCAAAGCAGCUUGCGACUGUGACCAUGAUGAUGUAGCUAGUGUAAUUAUAGCAUAUAGCGCUGGGUGGCUGUCAGACAUGGAUGACAGCCAUUUAUAUGAAAGCAUAUCUCCAUUACAUCUUGCUUAUGAUGCUGGAUUCAUGGAUAUUGUUGCUUGUUUGUUGUCGUCAAGUACCAAUUCAAAUGCUAUUGAUUCACAUGGUUACACAAUCUUCCAUAAAGCUUGUGAACAUGGGGACGUGAAAGUAUGUAAAAUCAUAUUGAAACUAAAAAGAAACGAUGGGAACCCUGAAGUUUGUAUGAAGACAAAAUAUGGAGAAAUGUUUUGUCAUAUAGCAUCUCGAAAGGGAUAUAUGCAUAUUCUUAAGAUGUGUCUCAAAGUAGGCAUGGAUGUCACUCAUGUAACAGAGGAAGGUGAUAAUGUCCUGCACCUGGCGUGUUCCUAUGACAAACACAGAGUGUGUGCUUUUCUUCUCGAUACCAGUCCUAGUUUGGCAUGGAUAAAAAAUCACAAUGGUUUCACUCCCCUCGACAUUGUAAUGAGGAGAGGCAAUAACAAAAUUGCUCGUAUCUUCUUCACCCAUGCAAAGUUAACCCAAUAUGGCAGAAUGCAGGAUGUCAUCUGGAUGUACCUCCGAGAGUCAAUGGACAACAUAAACAGGCUAAACUUGUUAGUCAGGUGCAGCAAUGUCAUGGAUCUGACAGUUGAUCAUGGCAACACACCAUUUCAUGUUGCCUCAAUGGUAGGCAGUAAUCGCGCUACUGACUAUCUUCUAAAACAUGAUAAGAAAGAUUGUGUAAAACUGAAAAACAGGAAUGGAGAUACCCCACUUCAUAUUGCCUCAGAACAAGGACACUCAGCUGUAGUUCGUAGUCUGUUGACUCAAUGUCAUGUCAAUGCUAUAAACAAUUACAAUGAAACUGCGCUUUACCUGUCUUCACUAAAUGCAGAUCUUGACACAGUAGUAGCGCUACUGGCAGCAGGUGCGUGUGUGGAUUCUAGAAACUUUCAAGGUGAUUCACCUCUUCAUUUCCUUCUGUAUGGAUGUGCAAACAAACAAAAUAAUGACUUCACACACAUUAUAACUAUACUUCGACAUUGUUUGAAAUCUGGAGCUGGCCCUUCUCAAAACGACUUGGGAAAUACACCAUUGCAUGUAGCCUGCUGCACGGGCAAAAUUGUGAUUGUUGGGGAACUACUUUCGGGGUACAAGGAUCUUUGCAUGAGAAAUACAUUUGGUAAAACACCCCUCCAUGUUGCAUGUGAACGUGGCCAUAGUGUCAUUGUCGAUCUCUUGCUUGAGGUGAUGUGGUUGAGGAGAUCAUUCGGUGAAGAGUUUAACGAUUGCAUGAACCACCAGGACGUUGUGAACGGAUCAACGCCACUGCAUCUGGCAAGUCGCUGCAGUGGCCAAGCAGCCUUACUCCUGGUAGAGCAUGGGGCAAAUACAACCAUUAAAGACAACGACGGUAACACGCCUAUAUGGGUUGCAUAUCUGACUGGACAGAAAAAGAAUGUCAAGCACCUGUUACCCCACACCCUCUGUCUUCACAUCAAUGGCAGUGGUGACACACUUCUUCAUGCAGCGUGUAGAUCGGAUCAAACAGAUAUGUUCCAGAUCAUAAUUGACUGGCUUGGAAGUGUUGGACCGAAGAUUGCAGGUAAUACAGUAAAUGCUAGUAACUGCACAAGGCAAACAUCGCUACAUCUCGCCUCUGCUAACGGAAACUCGUACUUUGUUGAACAGUUACUUCUUAUGGGCGCAAUGCCAAAUAAUUCCGACACAUCUAGAAAAACAGCACUACAUUAUGCCUGUAUUGGUAGAUUUUUAUUGGUUGUGGCACAUUUGUUGAAACAUGGGGCCUAUGUCAAUGUGUGUGAUGACUUUAUCCGAACAUCACUCCACUACGCCUGUGAAAGUGGGUCACUGGACAUUGCUGAGAUGCUGACGAAGGCAGGAGGGGAUCCUUACAUCCGUGAUAAAGAUGGGCGAACUCCACUUGACCUGUGCAGCCAUCAACACAGAGCCAUAAUAAUGAAGAGCCUGCGUUUUAAGCGGAAACGCCAGUCGACCUGUUCUGGAGAUCCGCAAUAUUCUUCCAAACGGGCAAGAUGUGAUGACACAUACAGGCGAGGGUGCACCUUUGAAGUUACAGAGACUAGUCAACACACCAGAAGUGUAUCGCAUUUCAGGCACAGUCUGUCAGUGGGUGAGACACCACGGCGUGUGUCAUUAAACCUGUGCCUUCAGAAGGAGUAGGAUUAUCUGUUUGAGACAAGAUAUUUCAAUAACUGCUUCAAAACAACAGUUUAACUAUGUUUAUGUGAAUGUAUAUGUGUGUAAAAUGUGUUUAGUAUCAGAUGCGUCUAUACCUAAUGUGUUUAACAUAAUAAAUCACGAGUACAAAAUGUGUUAAGUAUAAAAUAUACCAAAGGUUCUAGGUAUAAAAUGUGACUGGUAUCCAAUAAAUUUUGUGAACAAAAUGUGUUGCGUAUAAAACUGUUUAGCAUCAAUGUAUAUAUUAUAAAAUGUAUUUGGUACAAAAUAUGUUAAAUUCAAGAUGUGCUUAAUUAAUAGUACAGAAUAGUGUCCAGAAUAUUCUUCCCCUGUACCAAAGGUGCUGAUAGUAAAAUGUGUUUAUUAUAAAAUACAAUGCAUUCGGUAAAGAAAGCUUAGUAAAAAUGGCUGUAAUAUUAAUCGUAAGUGUCUUUAGUACUAAAGUGUUAUGGGUACAUUAUGUUGCGCAGUAGAUUGACAGUAUUUUAUCGUGAUAUUAAGGUAUAGUUGCGAGAAUUAUUGACCUCCCAACUAUUCCAACCUUAUCUGGUUUAGAGCAACAGACAUAUGCUCGAGUUCCACAAAGAGAAUAUAAGCGCAUAUGGUGAAUAGUUCGCACAAACGGGACCUUCACUUUCCAAUGAAACUUUGGACUCAGGCGUCUGUGUACAUGCAGCUCGUGCCUAGAUGUUGCAUAAAGUGUAUUUGUGGGAUACAUUAUCAGGUUGUGAUCGUACUACACGUGUCUGAAUGACAACACCCAUUGGAUCUGGGACUUCAGCUGUGCUCGGAUUACAAAAAGUGUCGUCUUUAAAAUAUAUUUCGUAUACAGAAGUUUUAAAGUAUAAAAUGUGUACAUGCAAAAUAUAUUUAGUAUAAAUUAGUAUGUGUUCAGUGUACAUUAUUUAUGACAGUUUGUUUAAUAUUAAAUGGGUAAGGUACAAAAAAGUGUUUAGUGUAUAAUGUGUGCUUAGUACAUGUCUGUCUUUAGUAUAAAGUGUUUUAACAACUGGUGCUUAUGAUGAUGAUUUGGUAUAACUUAUAAAAUGUGAUUAAUGUAUACUAACCGCCAAAAGAAACGCGAAUACCAUAUAUGUUGGUUAACAUAUGAAGAGAGAUAUUACAUUGGUUCGAUGUUCAAAUGAUUAUACUGAUAUGUUGUGUGAACCGACGCUCAUGAACACAUCCAUGUGAUGACAUAGAUCCAUGACUAGAGAUGCACCAUUUGUCUCGUGCAGGAUUAGUGUGCAAAGUUUGGAAAUCACGUGCAGCAUAUCGUGACACUCUGAGGUAACAAUUGACUGGUUGUUAGUUUUGUCAUUAAUUGGUACAUAUUGGAAACAUCUGUUCUUAACGUGCAUACUUCUCCAUAUGAAUCUAUGGUUCGCAUUUCUUUGGGCUGUGAGUAUAUUACGAAUGUUACAAAUACAAGUCACUGUGUAUAUCACAGCUAUUGUGAAACAACUAGGUUUUUUUUAAUUUCUGGGACCGAUGUACUACCAGUAAUGGAGGGUCAGAUGGUGCGGCUGUUGUGCUUUUGAGUCAGUAGGAAUAUAUAUAUAUAUUUCAAUACAUCUUCAAAUAUAA